AUGAAGAACGCGCACAACCUUCAGAUCGACGUGGCCGCAGUCCCUCGCGGUAACACUCCGCCACAAGUCCAGACGGCUCAUGCGCUGGACGUGGACGUUCUUCACGCACGUAUCGAGGAAGCGCGCCAGGCGCGCGCAUCGAUGGAAGCGGCACUCACGGGCGCGCCACUCACCAGUAUCCCCACCCUUGUCGCGCCGCCCCCUACCGCGGCACCGCCGCUUACCGCACCACCCACCAACUUUCACGUCAAAGCAAGGCCUCGCAAGACCGCGCCAUGCAAAAUGUACGCGUACGGACGCUGCAAUUCGGGAGAUGCUUGCAAUUAUUUCCAUGAUCCCGACGCGCUCUGGACGCCUGGGCGGAGUAUAACGUGGUGCUGGCGGUAUAUGGCGGGCGUAUGCUUCGGAGUGUGCAAGUUCUGGCAUCCGAAUGAUAAGGAUAUGGCUAUUCUGAUGAAACAUACACCCUGCUUGCUCCCGUCUUGCACUGGGGAGAACUGCCCGCGGAGGCACGACGACGUCGACUUCGACCCGGAGUUCAAUCCGGCGGCGAAGAACGCCAAGGACGCGCCGCGUCUCACCAGCACAAUCUCGCCGAGGGAGCGCGCGGAGCACGCCGCGGCUAUGCGCGGGCGUCUUCAGGCGAGGAUGCCGCUGCGGGUGAACGUACCCGUCAGCGCCAACGUCGUUCAUAUGAAGGCCCGCGCUAGUCCUACAGAUUCCACCUCAAGCUCGGGCGCGGACUCCCUCCCUACACCGGCCACGUCCCGCGCGGACACGACGGACGAUUGGCGCGCGCGCGAUUCGGAGGAGCGGGCCGAGUUCCCGCAUACGCCGAGCGCAACCUCGACGCAGGUGUUCGCGGCUGCGAUGGGCAGGCUCCACGGCAAUGGUCAUGCGCGCAGGCAGAGCGUGUGGAUGAAGAAGGAUGAAAACCUCAACAUCCCUGCUGCCGGGACUGAACCGGGAUUCACCAGCUGGAGGGGGAAGGAUGUCGUGAGAUCCCGGCACGCGCGAAGCCAGAGCUGGGCGCCGUUCGACUUGCGUGUCACCUUCCCUUGA